AUGGAUGAAACCGGAAAAUCCUUGGAAUGUCCAUUCACCUGGGGCUUGAAUGAAAAACUAGUUUCGGAAUUGAGUCGAGAGAUGUUUGUCAAUUCUCAAGACCAGCCGGUUAAAGCGGUCAUCUAUCCGGUAACCCUUGUUUUUGUGUACGUUCUGAAAAACGACUUGGCGAGCGCUUACGAAAAGAUGCACGAAGCUGUCGAACACUUGAAGGCUAUUGAUCAAGAACUGUUGGGUAAAAAUAAGAUCUCGGCAUUGGUUUUGGUACACAUUGUCAGGGCAACCAAAUACUACUACUUCAAAGCAAGAGGGAACCCAAGUGAAGCUCAAAAAGCUUUGAUUAGUGUACCUGAACUUGAAUUGACUCAGCUGCGGGAGAAAAUUAAUGUGGGCACUCUCAAUGGCUGCAAGGGUCUGUCUUGGUCAGUCUUCUACAAUGCCGCACCGGACGAAUUUGCUGUGUCUUACUUUAGACGUGCCAUACUCAAUAGUCCGGAUUGUCCACUGUGGCAUUUUUUGCUGGCUAGAAAGCUGCGAGCGGUACGCAAAGAUAAGCUUUCUUUUCGGCCAACUGUGGAGGAAACAAACAAUUUCUUAAAAGCAUACGAGUUGUCCGAGAAAAGUCAGUACAUCGGUGCGUUUGUUGCUCAGAUGUAUUGCGAAAAAAGAAACUUGAACAAAGCCAAGGAACUGUGCUUGGAGAUAUUCAAGAGCAAUCCAAAUAGUGUCGGCAUUAAAUUAAGACUUUCUUUGACUUUCAUUAAAAUUAGAGAUUUUGAACAUGCCAAGGAGUGUUUGGAUUUUGUUCAAAACGAAUGUUCGAACAAUACUAUGUAUCUUCAUUACAAAGCUAUAUAUUUUGAGAAACAAAAUAACUACAAGAUGGCUACUUUAUACUAUCAGAAAUCAGCUGAAACUGGAAAUUACAAAUGUUAUGGAUAA